AUGUCAGGCAAUAAAUAUGGCAACCUACCAGAUAUUGAUACAGAAACUCCAGACUUGUUCGAGUCUUCUGGUACCCUUCUUACACUACCACAGUCGUACACGGUUUUGGACACUUGCACUGACAGCAAUCAUUCCGAUGACUAUUCUGACAAUGACCAAAACAACAACGAUCCUGCUGAUUCGUCAGAUACUGGUCUUCACCAACUAGUUAGAGGUGGACCAACUCCUCUUCAGGCUUCUCAAAUGUUUCAUCAGGCCGCAGACAAGUCUUUGGAGUCGGACAACCGACAUCGUUUAAACAUGACAACCAAGCGUCGUGCACGCCACAACGACAGCGGAAUGCUCUCCAUUGCUCCUGCAUCGACUCCAAAUGAAUCGAUCUAUGAUACAUACAAGAGAUUGAUGAUUGAAGUAGAAAUGCUUUCUCAAAACUUGCAAUCUAUCAAACAACAGCCAUCAUCUGUUGCUUCGAAAGUGGAUGCAGAUUAUGUUGGACAUAAGGAUUUGCUGCAAAAAGUGUCAGAACUCAAAACUGAGCUUUUGACUAUUGCUAAUGAUCCUCAUCCGUCUGUUCUUGAACAAAUUGAUCCAGGAAGUACCAACAGAACUCAAACCAAAAAACUCAUUACUGCGAUUCAAGAAUUUAAAUCUUCAAGCAUCGAAGCCAGCCAUGACAGUAGCGCGACUCAUUCCACUACCGAUACCGUUCUUAAUAAUACCAAUUUAAUUACAUACGAACUGUUUUAUACUCCUAAAUUGGCAGCUGAUACACACAGGACCAAAGUGAUUGAACUUGAAUCCCGUUUAACCAACCUUGAGCGACUGAUUGGCACGCAUGUUAUUGAUCCAGCACAUAGUGUGCUUAAAGACGAUUUGCGCACAUCGCUGUUUCGCAACAGUUCUACGAGUACAGAUGAAGGCGGAGGUGGAGGUGGAACACUGAUUGGCGCGCUGGAGCGAAUUGAUCAUCGACUGUCGAUAUUGACUCAGCCUAGACUGCUUGAAGCAGUAUCGAGAAGAGUUCAAAUUCUACUUCCCGAACUUCACUUACUAAGUGAAGAAGCCAAGCGAGUUCAAAAUGAGUUACCUCAAUUGAAUCUAUCUGCCAACGAAAUUGGAAUGUUGGGAAUUGAGCCCGAAUCCAAUCCUGGCAAUCAAAAUGAUAAACCUAGUGUCGCUGUUGGUCACGAUCAUCCAGAUGCACGAGUGAGAUAUUUGUACACGACGUUAUCCCGGCUUGAGCCCGUGUCACAUCUACUCCCACAUUUGAUAUCCCGUAUGCGAGCAUUACAGAAUCUUCACGCCGAAGCAGCUGUAUUUUCUCAAAGUAUCUCCUCAGUAGCUGCAGAACAGAAACAUAUCAAUGGGAUAUCUAAAGGACUAGAAGAUGCUUUGAAACAAACACUGAUAAAUGUGAGAGAGAAUCAGACUGUUGUUGAACGCAAUGUGGUUGCAUUAGAUCAACGCAUCCAACGAUUGGUAGAUUUGAUUUCCAAGAAUAGUGGAGUAUAA